CAUACAUAUUCGAAGGACCCUUACGAUAAUUCAGAAAACUGACAUUUGAAUGCGCAUUAACGUUGAACUUGUUUUAUGCAACAUUAAUCACAUUUUGUGCAUGGAAAUUAAUUCUACGAAGACAUAAAACGUUAAUGGAUAUAUUCUAAUAAAGUGUGUCGUUGCUAUGACAGGUGGAGGUUCUCUAACCGAGAAGAAAAUAUUGCACGUAGCUAGCUGGUAAACAACUAGCUGGCUAGCCCGCUCACUUGCAGAGGGUGAAAUCGACACCAUUCACGUUAGAGGGGUGGCUGACUCAGUUUCGUUUCAGAUAUUUAUAUCAGAAAAGUGGGGAAUCUUCCCAUUUGUCGUUGCUAAUAGCUAGCUCGGUGCUCGUGCUUAGUUGGCAAUCAGGAGCUAGCUAACUAAGCUUAGCUGGCAGGCAGGAGAGUAGGGCUGUGGAAUGGUCCGACUUGUUAACGUUAGUUAGCCAAACACAGCAACCAAGAGGUAAAUACAUACUUCUAGAAUUACUUGUAAUUGCCAAGCAAUUGCUAAUUAUAAUAUAUCUCCAAUGAAGUAGUUAGAGCAUAUUACUGCAAAGUGCAAACAGAUAAAAUGCAAGCCAAUGCAUUUAAUCAUAAUCAAGACAAUACAAGCUAGUGACUUCAUGUUAUUUGUAUAUGCAUGCAUUUUUACUUGAUGGAUAAGCCACAUCAUUGUGACCCUAUGUGAUUCUGUCAUAGGAGAAUGAAGCAAUUGCUUUUUAGCGUCCAAAGAUAUCUGGGCUAUUGAUGAAGAAUAUGCAUUUAGACUGAAUUACUUCAUAACUUCCCUUACAUUUUAGUUGCCAUCGUAUUACAAUGUCAAAGCAAAUGUAAUCAGUGGGUUUGAACUCUAGUGGAUUACCAUGAAGCCAAUGCAAAUGCAUCCCAACAUAUUUUAAUGGUGUAAAGUGCAUGUUAUACAUUUGCGUUCACAUAUCCGGGUCUUUUCAGAUCAGUGCACAUAGAGGAGAGGAAGCCACUUUACACCAGAGAUACACUUUUGAUUUCUAACCAUAUCUAUCCCCCUUGUCUCCUCCUGACCCUACCCCCCCCCAUCCCUCCUCAGCCAUGAUGAAGAGAAGGGGCGAGGCGGCCUCAGAGCCGCUGAAACGGAGUAAGAAACAACGCCUUGAGGAUGCCAGCUCAGACGAGGAGUCGCCGCUACUGACAACCAGUCAGGGUAAUCACCAUCACAUUGCUUUAUACAUAGUUCUCACUGUGCAAUGAUAUUCAGGAUUUGGCAAAAUGUCACAGGCCAUGACCUGUGUUUUUGUUUGUGUGUGUGCCUCUCCUCCUCCCAGACUCUAGUCAGAGUGACUCCCACAGCGACCCGGAAGACCACAGACCAGGUUUCUCUAUGCCCACUAUAUCCCAGAAUGCAUCAGCCACAGACGAUGCCAAACAGAGCGACGCCAACAAGUUCCCCAUGUACAACAGCGUGUCGCAGAAACUCAUGGUAAGAUGACACUCACAUGUGUCCCAUUGACUUACAAAGAUAAAACUAUACGAGGGAUCAUGGAUCCCAAAAUGUUCCAUCCCUCUUUAUCCCUCCCUCACGUUUUUUUUCUUCUGUGUUCCCUUCUUCCUCCUCCAGGCCAAAAUGGGUUUCCGUGAAGGUGAAGGUCUAGGUAAGUUUGGCCAGGGGCGCAAGGAGAUCAUCGAGGCGUCCACUCAGAGAGGGAGGAGGGGUCUGGGACUCACACUGCAGGGCUUCCAGGGAGAGCUCAACGUGGACUGGCAAGACGAAAUUGAGGUAUGACACAACCACAACAUCAUCACAGACAUACAAACAUACGCAAGCAGAUAGCUUUGUCACACUGUCUUCUCAUCAGAUUAAAAUAGGCUGUUAGGAUGGGAUAUUUCCCAAUUCUAUGUACAGUCCACAGGAGAAAAUAAUGCACUCACCAAUGUAAACAACACCUUCUCUUUCUACCCCCUCCCUCAUCCUCUUCCCCUCUCUCUCCCCCCUUCUUCCACCCGCUCUCUCUCCCCCCUCUAUCUCUAGCCCAGUGCUGUAGAAGAGGUGAAGUGGUUCCCAGAAUGCUCCACAGAGAUCCCAGAUGCAGAUGAGUUGAGGGGGUGGAUGGCUGUGGGACCGGUACACACACAUGCGCGCUCGCACACAAUUUUAACACACAUUCUUCUCAAUCUGUCAUUCUCACGCACUAUAUGUUUUGGUCUAUUUCAGAGGAAACUGAAGAUUGAGGAUGAGACAGACUUUUGCACAGAGGAUCUUCUACACAGCCUUCUGAGGUGCAAGGUGAGCUACCUAAAGAACAACCCUCUAUUCAACUGCAAGCAACACUACAUCAUCAUCAUCAGGAUAUUGAUUCUAUAAUGGCAUAAGUAAGUUAUGGCAGUAAAAGUGUGUGUGGUCUGCAGACGGUGUUUGACGAUCUGGAGGGGGAGGAGAUGAGGCGAGCUCGGACGCGCUCCAACCCCUACGAGACUAUUAGAGGAGCCUUCUUCCUCAACAGGUAGUCUAACUUACUGAAUAACACACUGAUGUUCUAGCAUCACACAAACACAUGCUAGCUCACAUUGUGCUAAUGAAGCCCCUGGGCCCCUGUGCGUACAAAAUAUACCCCAGUUUUCCUGCAAAAGUUGGCAUUUAUAAAAAACUGAACAUGUCCUUUCCUCCAUGCAAACUUUAGACUCCUCAAACUCAACUCUGGACCUCAAAGCCAGUUCCACUGCUUUUUUUCAUUGUUCCCUCUAAUCAGGGACUGAUUUAGACCCAGGUCGGUGCAACUAAUUAUCAGGUUGAACAGAAAAUCAGCAGGUUCUGGACCUCGUAGGGUAAGAGUUGAAUACCCGAGCUUUAGACCAUGCGUACGCACAUCUUGUAGUGGUUGAAGUAUUGUAUUGCAAGCAGGUAAGCAGGUCUAAGUAUUUUUUUGCAAAUGGGGGAUCUGAUGACACGCUUAUUCAUAAAAACAUAAUAAAAAGAUGCAGCCAUUUGCCGUUAAUGAGACGAGCGAAAACGAAGUGCUUUGUUUUUGGAAUCUAAAUAAUUAGACAUAGGAAUCUAUUUCCUAUUUAUUUAUUUUUAUAACCAUUGCAGAAUAUAUUCAUCACCUUUUCUGUCCGUGAUGGGUUCAUCGUCCUGAAGUAGCCAUACAACAAAUUACCAUGCGCAUCUCUCUUUUAAUUGGGCCUAUGUAAUAGAUAGGCUAUGUAAUAGAUAGGCUAUGUAUUUCCAGUUUUGGUAUAUGUGAUCCCAUAGGCAGCGUGGUUUAUAGCCUACAGACACAUUUAACAGGUGAACAUCAAGACAGUUGAUCUUUUACUUUGAAAUAUGUAUACUAUUAUGGAGCCUACUGUAAUUUCAAUUUGUUGUGAGUAGCCUAGACAGUGUUUCAGAAUUCACGGGCAGUCCAGCAUAUUUAGGUUGAGGGAGAAGUUGAUGCAAAAGAUUGUUGAAUUAACAUUUUCUGCUGACAGGUCCACAACUAUUUGCCAUUGUUUUCUCUUUCUGUCACAGUCCUUUGCCAGAUACAGCAUAAAUUACUGCAAAACAUGUAAACCUUCUGCCAACAAAGUAAAUAGACCGGUAGCUUAUGUCAAAUAUUUGACAGUAUGGGUAGGCUACAGUAUUGCUGUGCAAUAGGAGCGCGACAUCACUGCCUAAUUUAAUCUGAGCCUAUAACAAGGCAGGACAUAGAAACCCAAUAAUCUAUUGAUUAACUAGAUAUUGAGCAACCUUUGCAUAGAAGUGUGGGCUGUAGCGUACUUUUAAAUUGUUUCCAAUAUACUACAUGGUCAAAAGUAUGUGGACAACCCUUCACAUUAGUGGAUUUGGCUAUUUCAGCCACACUCGUUGCUGACAGGUGUAUAAAAUCGAGCACACAGCCAUGCAAUAUCCAUAGACAAACAUUGGCAGUAGAAUGGCCUUACUGAAGAGCUCAGUGACUUUCAAUGUGGCACCGUCAUAGGAUGCCACCUUUCCAACAACUCAAUUCGUCAAAUUUCUGCCCUGCUAGAGCUGCCCCGGUCAACUGUAAGUGCUGUUAUUGUGAAGUGGAAACAUCUAGGCGCAACAGCGGCUCAGCCGCGAAGUGGUAGGCCACACAAGCUCACAGAACGGGACCGCUGAAGCGCAUAGCACGUAAAAAUCGUCUGUCCUCGGUUGCAAUACUCACUACCGAGUUCCAAACUGCCUCUGGAAGCAACGUCAGCGAAAUAACUGUUAGUCUGGAACUUCAUGAAAUGGGUUUCCAUGGCCGAGCACCCGCACCCAAGUCUAAAAUCACCAUGCGCAAUGCCAAGCGUGUGGUGUAAAGCUCGCCGCCAUUGUACUCUGGAGCAGUGGAAACGCGUUCUCUGGAGUGAAGAAUCACGCUUCACCAUCUGGCAGUCCGACUGACAAAUUUAGGUUUGGGGGAUGCCAGGAGAACGCUACCUGCCCCAAUGCAUAGUGCCAACUGUACAGUUGGGUGGAGGAGGAAUAAUGGUCUGGGGCUGUUUUUAUGGUUUCGGGCUAGGCCCCUUAGUUCCAGUGAAGGGAAAUCUUAAUGCUACAGGAUAUAAUGACAUUCUAGACGAUUCUGUGCAUCCAACUUUGUGGCAACAGUUUGGGGAAGGCCCUUUCCUGUUUCAGCAUGACAAUGCCCCUGUGCACAAAGCGAGGUCCAUACAGAAAUGGUUUGUCGAGAUCGGUGUGGAAGUACUUGACUGGCCUGCACAGAGCCCUGACCUCAACCCCAUCGAACACCUUUGGGAUAAAUUGGAACGUCGACUGCGAGCCAGGCCUAAUCGCCCAACAUCAGUGCCCAACCUCACUAAUGCUCUUGUGGCUGAAUGGAAGCAAGUCCCUGCAGCAAUGUUCCAACAUCUAGUGGAAAGCCUUCCCAGAAUAAUGGUGGCUGUUAUAGCAGCAAACGGGGGACCAACUCCAUAUUAAUGCCCAUGAUUUUGGAAUGAGAUGUUCAAUGAGCAGGUGUCCACAUACCUUUGUUAAUGUAGUGUACAAUCAGUCUUGCAGAAUGCGCAGGCAGGCACUCGCUAUAGGCAGCAUGCAUGUUUAGUUUAAAAAAGUAAUGGAAAAAUAUCAAAAUAUUCUGCCCACAUGGGCCACACCUCUACAGAAAUGUGAUCAAAUGCCUUUGCAUUUUCUUUUACAAACUGCCAUAGCCUAAUUCAAAUAGUGACAAAUGAUACAGCAAAUAAAGGGCGUUAUUGUCACCAUAAAAGGUGAGUGGAGGGUGUUUUCCGGGCAGAGCUUUAAUGCUGCGUACAGUGCAUUCGGAAAGUAUUCCGACCUCUAGAAUUUUCCACAUUUUGUUACGUUACAGCCUUAUUCUAAAAUGGAUUAAAUAGUUUUUUCCCCUCAUCGAUCUACACACAAUACCCCAUAAUGACAAAGCAAAAACAGGUUUGUAAGACAUUUUUGCAAAUUUAUAAAGAAUAAACAGAAAUAUUACAUUUACAUAAGUAUUCAGACUCUUUACUCAGUACUUUGUUGAAGCACCUUUGGCAGCGAUUACAGCCUCACCUGUAUUUGGGGAGUUUCUCCCAUUCUUCUCUGCAGAUCCUCUCAAGCUCUGUAAGGUUGGAUGGGGAGCGUUGCUGCACAGCUAUUUUCAGGUCUCUCCAGGGAUGUUCGAUCGGGUUCAAGUCCGGGCUAUGGCUGGGCCACUCAAGGACAUUCAGAGACUUGUCCCGAAGCCACUCCUGCGUUGUCUUGGCUGUGUGCUUAGGGUUGUUGUCCUGUUGGAAGGUGAACCUUCGCCCCAGUCUGAGGUCCUGAGCACUCUGGAGCAGGUUUUCAUCAAAGAUCUCUCUCUACUUGCUCCGUUAACCUUUCCCUCAACCUCCCAGUCCCUGCCGCUGACAAACAUCCCCACAGCAUGAUGAUGCCACCAUCAUGCUUCAACGUAGGGAUGGUGCCAGGUUUCCUCCAGACGUGACGCUUGGCAUUCAGGCCAAAGAGUUCAAUCUUGGUUUCAUCAGACCAGAGAAUCUUGUUUCUCAUGGUCUGAGAGUCCUUUAGGUGCCUUUUGGCAAACUCCAAGCGGGCUGUCAUGUGCCUUUUACUGAGGAGUGGCUUCCGUCUGGCAUACCAUAAAGGCCUGAUUGGUGGAGUGCUGCAGAGAUGGUUGUCCUUCUGAAAGGUUCUCCCAUCUCUGGAGAGGAACUCUGGAGCUCUGUCAGACCUCCCUGACCAAGGCCCUUCUCCCCCGAUUGCUCAGUUUGGCCGGGCAGCCAGCUCUAGGAAGAGUCUUGGUGGUUCCAAAUUUCUUCCAUUUAAGAAUGAUGGAGGCACUGUGUUCUUGUGGACCUUCAAUGCUGCAGAAAUGUUUUGGUACCCUUCCCCAGAUCUGUGCCUCGACAUAAUCCUGUCUCGGAGCUCUACGGACAAUUCCUUCAACCUCAUGGCUUGGUUUUUGCUCUGACAGGCACUGUCAACUGUGGGACCUUAUAUAGACAGGCGUGUGCGUUUCCAAAUCAUGUCCAAUCAAUGGAAUUUAGCACAGGUGGACUCCAAGUUGUAGAAACAUCUCAAUGAUGAUCAAUGGAAACAGGAUGCACCUGAGCUCAAUUUCGAGUCUCAUAGCAAAGGGUCUGAAUACUUAUGUAAAUAAGGUAUUUCUGUUUAUUUUAAAUACAUUUGCUAACAUUUCUAAAAACCUGUUUUUGCUUUUUCAUUAUGGGGUAUUGUGUGUAGAUUGAGGAAAAAAUAUAAUUUAAUCCAUUUUAGAAUAAGGCUGUAAUGUAACAAAAUGUGGAAAAAGGGGAAGGGGUCUGAAUACUUUCCGAAUGCACUGUAUGCAAGUUUAUAAAUCUCAAUAUUUUUUGACGUACGUAUUCUUUUCAGAAAUGGUGCACGCAGAUAUUUAGUGUGAAAUUUACGCAACGGUUAUAAAUGAAGCCCCUGACUUUUUACUUACAGUAGCUGAUAAUAAUGACUCACUUAUCUGUUGUGUGUGUUUGUUUUCUCUGUAGAGCGGCUAUGAAGAUGGCCAACAUGGACCACGUCUUUGACGGCAUUUUCACCAACCCAAAGGAUUCACAAGGGGUGAGUGACCCUUUCCAUUCACACUUGAUCUAAUCAAUGAAAGUGACAUGUAGCAAAUGCAUAUUUGGUAGAUAUUUGUGACAGGUUUCCAGCUGUUACAUGAUAAAGGUGUGUUUUUUUCCGUGUUUCUCCCCAUGCAGAAGCCCCAGACGCGAGACCGCGAGGGGGAGCUGCUGUAUUUCGGGGACGUGUGCGCGGGGCCGGGGGGCUUCUCAGAGUACAUCCUGUGGAGGCGGCGUUGGCAUGCCAAGGGAUUCGGCAUGACCCUCAAAGGACCCUGCGACUUCAAACUGGAAGACUUCUAUGCUGCGCCCAGCGAACUGUUUGAACCCUACUAUGGUAUGUACCAUGGUGUACCCCAUGUGCUGAGUGUCAACAAUGGUGCAGACUUCACACCAAGUUUCUAUCAGAGAGGAAGAAAACAUGGCUGAACAAAUACAAAUAAAGUCUUAUGGUCAAAUGUAAAAAAUAUGUAAUUUCUCCUCUACUUCCUCCAUCUCCUCUUUUCACUCUCCCUGUGGCUCAGGUGAAAACGGGGUGGACGGGGAUGGUGACAUCACUCGUCCGGAGAACAUCAGUGCGUUCCGGAAUUUUGUCAUGGAGAGUACAGAGAGGAGAGGACUGCACUUCCUCAUGGCUGACGGGGUGAGUUGGAGUCUUCAUCGCACUGUCAUCAUUGGCCAAAGGCGUAGUGAGACGUGUUUGAUUGGUGGGGUGGGUUGUUGAGCUCAUCUCUGUUUUCUGAUUGGUAGGGGUUCUCAGUGGAGGGGCAGGAGAACAUCCAGGAGAUUCUGAGCAAACAACUGCUGCUCUGUCAGUUCCUCACCGCAAUGUCUGUACUACGGACAGGUACGUCUGUCUAUCUGUCUGUUUGUCUGUCUCUUACUAUCCAGAAGUGUAAGGACAGUGAGUGACUGUUGUGUUCUCUGUCUCCCCCAGGUGGUCACUUCCUGUGUAAGACCUUUGACCUGUUCACACCGUUCAGUGUGGGGCUGGUGUACCUGCUCUACCUCUGCUUCGACAGGGUGUCCCUCUUCAAACCCAUUACCAGCAGGCCCGCCAACUCCGAGAGGUGUGUGUGUAAAUGCUGUUAUUAAGGCCAAUACUAUAUACCUCGACCAAUACCUAUUAGCUAUGUUCUGACAUUAUAUCCUUGGUUUUCAGAUACAUAGUGUGUCGCGGUCUGAAGCCUGGUUCAGAUCCGGUCAGGGAGUACAUGUUCACGGUCAACCUGAAGCUCAACCACCUGAGGAACUCGGAGUCUGAUGUCAACGAGGUGAUGCCCAUCGAACUCAUCAAAGGAGACACUGAGUUCUAUAACCACAUGAUCAACUCUAACGAGAGGUAGAAAGACACACGCACACAUGACACACACAUACACACAAAUAAACACAGGCUUUAUAAUCAUCCAUGUCUCCCUGCAGCCACUGUGUAGUCCAGAUCAAAGCCCUGGCUAAGAUCCAUGCCUACGUCUUAGACACGUGAGUUACCUACUCCCUCCCUUCUACUGUUCAAAUCAGUGCAAAUGUGUUGGAAUGUAGUGUACCUGCAUGUGCAAGUACAAUCUGACUGUGUUGUGUAUUGUCAGGACCCUGUCAGAGGCCAGGCAGGCUGAUAUUCGUAAGGAGUGUCUGAAGCUUUGGGGGGUGAGUAGUACUGAGGAGUUAGUGAGGGCUGGUCAGUGUGUAUAGAGACGGGUAUCUGAGCAGUUCAAUCACCUAUCUUGAUAGCACUCACUAGUUAUUUGUUUCUUUGUCUCUCUCUCUCUCUCUGUUUAGAUCCCUGAUAAGGCCAGAGUCACUCCCGUCUCCUCAGACCCCAAUUCCAAAUUCUAUGAGCUGAUGAAGGUGAGAUUGUGGCCUCCCAUCCCUUAUCUAGAUAGGGUUUUUAUCACCAUGUGUGUGAUCAUGUAUUAGUAGAAUUUAACGUUCUCUCUCUCUCUCUCUCUCUCUGUCUCUCUCUUUUUCUUUGUCUAUGUCUCUCAGGGUUCUGACAUCGAGUUGUUGAACUCCAAACCCACCCCUCUGAGCUCCACCACUCUGGAUAAGGUUCACCAUGUCCUGGACUACCGGUGCAUUGUGGGAGGAGGGGAACAGCUCUUCCUGUUAGGUCUAGGGGUGAGAGAGAGCAGACACCACUCUGGACCUGGGCCAUGAUCAUCUCAGCAGUAGUUCUCUUGUUAUUCACAAAUAGACAUGUGAAUCCCAUUCUUCUCAUGCCUCUCUCUCUACAGAAGUCUCAGAUCUACAUGUGGGACGGCAAGCAUCCUCUGCGCUGGAGGAAGCUGGAGAACUUCAAGCUGGAGCUGCCCAGAGAGACCCUGCUCAGUGUAGAGAUUGUCCAGGAGCUGAAGGGAGAGGUGAGAGAGGAGAGGAAGGGAUGGUGAAGAGUGGGGGAGUUGAAUAGGGUAAGGAGAAGGAAGAGAGUAAGUAAUUACUAUGGUUGUUUACCUUUUUCUGAUUGUUUGUUGAACACAGGGUAAAGCCCAGCGCAGGAUCAACGCAGUACACGUGCUAGAUGCCCUGGUUCUCAACGGCACUGAUGUACGGGUCCAGCACUUCAACCAACGGUGAGGCAACAACUCUAACCUUCACCCAGGGGUGAAAGUAGAUUUAACGGAGUGGCUGCGGAUCGGACUUUUCUGGACCCCUCUUUCCGACAGCUAAAGUCCCAAAGCUGCGCAUGUGCGGGCUUCUCUACGCACAGACUCUGCUCUACUCCUAGAGAACGGACUACUCUGUCGCGUGGUGCUCAUUUACUAAAGUUAGAUCAGCAUAUAUAACUUUAUUGUAAAAUAGAAAACACCACCUCAUUUCUUAUGAGAUUUUAGGAUGAUUGUGCGACUGGUGAAAUGUUUCUCAUGCAGCCUAAACUCGACAGCGUGCGCCACUAGGCAAAAUAUGUGCUUAUAUUUAAACUGAACACAGGUAGGUUAUGCUACAGUUUAACAUCUGCUCUAAAAUUCUCUCACUACAUUAUUCAAAACAACACUGUAGGCUACUUCGAAACAACUCUGUAUAACUCAAGAAGAUCUAAAUGCAUAUCCCCAUGACACUGAUUGAGGUCAAAUGGUUGGUAUGCAGAUGCUGCAUGGAUGUUUCACUGGUAAAACUUGAAGAAUUAUCUUUCACCAUUGACAGUGAGAAAUGUCAAGGGAGGGUGACCACACAAAUGUGUGUGUAAAGUAGAGGUAAAGAAAAGUGUGUAAAACGUGAUUUGGAUCUUCAGCUCUGUGGAAAAGGGAUCCAUGGGGGUGGGACAGGGUGGUUACCUACGGAUCCGCAGCCUCUGCCUAGAUUUACAUUUUGGAUAGAAAAUUCUGGGCCUAAUAGUACCAGACUGUACCGGCUUACUUUCACCCCUGCCUUCACCUUAUCUGGUGAUCACAUGUAUUGUUGCUGAACUGUGGUCACUGUGUCCACAGAAUCCAGAUGGCAGAGAAGUUUGUGAGGGCCGUGUCCAAGCCAAGCCGACCAGACAUGAACCCUAUCAGGUAACAACCCUACACUCUUACUUUUUUCUGCUUGAAUAAGAAUAAAUAUAAGGGGAAGAGUCCUAAUGUUUCUCUGCUUUUCUCAUCAGAGUGAAGGAGGUGUACAGGCUGGAGGAGAUGGAGAAGAUCUUUGUCAGGUAUGAGAAGGUUAUUGCUAUUGCCAUAGUCAACAUUUUAGAGAGGGAGAACUCUGCAUUAGUUUAAUCAUGAAUGUAUAAGUAAAUGAACGAAUAUUCCUGAACCUCCUAGACUGGAAAUGAAGGUGACUAAGAGUUCAGGAGGAGUCCCUCGUCUGUCCUAUACUGGCCGGGAUGACCGCCACUUCCUCCCAAAUGGCCUAUACAUCAUCAAAACUGUCAACGGUAUGUACUGUAGCUAAGGUGACAUACAGUGCAUUCGGAAAGUAUUAAGACCCCUUUACUUUUUCCACAUUUUGUUACAUUACAGCCUUAUUCAAAAAUGGAUUACACAUUUUUUCCUCAUCAAUCUACACACAAUACCCCAUAAUGACAAAGCAAAAACAGGUUUUUAGAAACUUUUGCUAAUUUAUUAAAAAUUAAAAACGGAAAUAUCACAUUUACAUAAGUAUUCAGACAAGUAUUCAGACCCUUUACUCAGUACUUUGUUGAAGCACCUUUGGCAGCGAUUACAGCCUUGAGUCUUCUUGGGUAUGACACUGCAAGCUUGGCACACCUGUAUUUGGGGAGUUUCUCCCAUUCUUCUCUGCAGAUCCUCUCAAGCUCUGUCAGGUUGGAUGGGGAGCAUCGCUGCACAGCUAUUUUCAGGUCUCUCCAGAGAUGUUAGAUCGGGUUCAUGUCUGGGCUCUGGCUGGGCCACUCAAGGACAUUCAGAGACUUGUCCCGAAGCCACUCCUGUGUUGUCUUGGCUGUAUGCUUAGGGUUGUUGUCCUGUUGGAAGGUGAACCUUCGCCCCAGUCUGAGGUUCUGAGUGUUCUGGAGCAGGUUUUCAUCAAGGAUCUCUCUGUAUUUUGCUCCGUUCAUCUUACUCUCGAUCCUGACUAGUCUCCCAGUCCCCACCGCUGAAAAACAUCCCCACAGCAUGAUGCUGCCACCAACAUGCUUCAACGUAGGGAUGGUGCCAGGUUUCCUCCAGACGUGACGCUUGGCAUUCAGGCCAAAGAUUUCAGUCUUGGGUUUCAUCAGACCAGAGAAUCUUGUUUAUCAUGGUCUGAUAGUUCUUUAAGUGGCCUUUUGGCAAACUCCAAGCAGACUGUCAUGUGCCUUUUACUGAGGAGUGGCUUCCGUCUGGCCACUCUACCAUAAAGGCCUGAUUGGUGGAGUGCUGCAGAGAUGGUUGUCCUUCUGGAAGGUUCUCCCAUCUCCACAGAGGAACUCUGGAGCUCUGUCAGAGUGACCAUCGGGUUCUUGGUCACUUCCCUGACCAAGGCCCUUCUCCCCCGAUUGCUCAGUUUGGCUGGGCGGCCAGCUCUAGGAAGAGUCUUGGUGGUUCCAAACGUCUUCCAUUUAAGAAUGAUUGAGGCCACUGUGUUCUUGGGGACCUUCAAUGCUGCAGAAAUGUUUGGUACCCUUCCCCAGAUCUGUGCAUCGACACAAUCCUGUCUCGGAGCUCUGUACGGACAAUUCCUUCGACCUCAUGGCUUGGUUUUUGCUCUGACAUGCACUGUUAACUGUGGGACCUUAUAUAGACAAGUGUGUGCCUUUCCAAAUCAUGUCCAAUCAAUGGAAUUUACCACAGGUGGACUCCAAUCAAGUUGUAGAAACAUCUCAAGGGUGAUCAAUGGAAACAGGAUGCACCUGAGCUCAAUUUCAAGUCUCAUAUCAAAGGGUCUGAAUACUUAUGUAAAUAAGGUAAUUCUGUUUUAAAAAAUAUAUAAAUUAGCAAAAAUGUCUAAAAACCUGUUUUGGUGUUUGCAUUAUAAUAAUAAUAAUAAUAAUAAUAAUAUGCCAUUUAGCAGACGCUUUUAUCCAAAGCGACUUACAGUCAUGCGUGCAUACAUUUUUGUGUAUGGGUGGUCCCGGGGAUCGAACCCACUACCUUGGCGUUACAAGCGCCGUGCUCUACCAGCUGAGCUACAGGGGACCACCAUUAUGGGGUAUUGUGUGUAGCUUGAUGAGUAAAAUAAUGUAACGAAUGCACUGUAUAUUAUAGAAGAGCAUCAAUGGUAGGAGAGUGUGGAUUUAUGUACACUGAACAAAAAUAUAAACGUAACAUGUAAAGUGUUGGUCCCAUGUUUCAUGAGCUGAAAUAAAAGAUCCCAGACAUUUUCCAUAUGCACAAAAAGCUAAUUUCUCUCAAAUGUUGUGGCCAAAUUUCUUUACAUCCCUGUUAGUGAGAAUUUCUCCUUUGCCAAGAUAAUCCAUCCACCUGACAGGUGUGGCAUAUCAAAUAGCUGAUUUAAACAGCAUGAUCAUUACACAGGUGCACCUUGUGCUGGGGACAAUGGAAGGCCUCUCUAAAAUGUGCAGUUUUGACACAAAACACAAUGCCACAGAUGUUUCAAGUUUUGAGGGAGCAUGCAAUUGGCAUGCUUACUGCAGGAAUGUCCACUAGAGCUGUUGCCAGAUAAUUACAUGUUAAUUUCUCUACCAUAAGCCGACUCCAACGUCGUUUUAGAGAAUUUGGCAGUCUCAAAACCGCAGACCACAUGUAUGGUGUCGUGUGGGCGAGUGUUUUGCUGAUGUCAACUUUGUGAACAGAGUGCCCCAUGGUGGCGGUGGGGUUAUGGUAUCGGCAGGCAUAAGCUACGGACAACGAACACAAUUGCAUUUUAUUGAUGGCAAUUAGAAUGCACAGAUAUACCGUGACAAGAUCCUGAGGCCCAGUUGUCGUGCCAUUCAUCCGCCGGCAUCACCCAUGUUUCAGCAUGAUAAUGCAUGGCCCAAUGUCGCAAGGAUCUGUAAACAAUUCCUGGAAGCUGAAAAUAUCGGUUAUUCCAUGGCCUGCAUACUCACCAGACAUGUCACACAUUGAGCACGUUUGGGAUGCUCUGGGUUGACGUGUAUGACAGCGUGUUCCAGUUCCCACCAAUAUCCAACAACUUCGCACAGCCAUUGAAGAGGAGUGGGACAACAUUCCACAGGCCACAAUCAACAGCCUGAUCAACUCUAUGCGAAGGAGAUGUGUCGCGCUGCACGAGGCAAAUGGUGAACACUAGAUACUGACUGGUUUUCUGAUCCACGCCCCUACCUUUAAAAAAAAAAGUUAUCUGUUACCAUCAGAAGCAUAUCUGUAUUCCCAGUCAUGUGAAAUCCAUAGAUUAGGGCCUAAUUUAUUUAUUUCAAUUGAUUGAUUUCCUUAUAUGAACUGUAACUCAGUAAAAUCUUUGAAAUUGUUUAAUGUUGCGUUUAUAUAUAUUUUUUGUCUUCUUUUUAAUACAUUUAGAAACAUUUAUAAAAACCUGUUUUUGCUUUGUCAAAAAAAUAAUCUGUUUUUAGAAUUGGAUUGUAAUUAAAUGUUUGGUGCCAACAUGAGCAGUUUGCCAAACUCUGUGGCUCUCUGAGGCAGCUCUCCUGUAAUUAUUUUACAUAGACCACUCUCUCUCCUCUCUAUUUCUAAAAACCUUUUUGCUUUUUCAUUAUGUGGCAUUGUGUUUAGAGUGAUGAGGGGGAAAACCUAUUGAAUACAUUUUUGAAUAACGCUGUAAUGUAACUAAAUGUGGAAAAAGUAAAGGGGUCUGAAUAAUUUCAGAAUGCACUGUAUAUGUGUGUGAAAGAGAAAGGUGGAGCAUUUCUGCUCUAGGAUGCAGGACUCAGGAUGUUUUCUCACAGACAUUUCUCUUCCUGUGACGUGCAGACCCCUGGACGAUGGCGUACAGUAAGAACUCCAAGAGGAAGUUUUUCUUCAACAAGAUGACUAAACAGUCCACCUACAACCUGCCAGCCAAUUCUGUGGCCCCCUUCCAGUGCGUACCGCUAUGCACCGGUCUCAAAUCUGUGUGGUAGACUAAAGAUAUGUGCGACAAGGAAUUGUCUGAAUGUUUCUGCAUCUGAACCUAGUCUACUCUAGACAGUGGGUCUCAAACCUCUCCUCUGGGACACCCAGACAUUUCACAGUUGUGUUGUAGCCCCGAACUACCUCACCUCAAGGGUUUGAUGAUUAGUUGACAAGUUGAAUCAGGAGUGCUAGCUCUUGAAUAGAUCAAAUACAUGGAACGGCUGGGGGUCCCAAAGGAGAGGUAUGAAAUGGAUUGAAAGGUUAUUGAACUGAAUCUGUUGUUUCUAAUUUGUGUGUGUAUGUCUCCUCAGCGUCUGCCAUACGGAGCGUCUGUUCUGGGCGUGGGAGGACGGGGUCAGAGUUCACGACUCUCAGACGCGGGUUGACCCUGAGAAGCUGUCUAAGGACAAUGUGCUUUCCUUCAUCCACCAGCACUACCAGCCCUGAGCCACCAGGGGGAGCCCCCCCAGACACAUAGAAUAUUGCCAUAGACAGAUAACAGUACCCUGCACAGGGUUUGGCAAACUGCCAUUCACAAAAUGUUCAUGGGCGCUAUUUUGGCUUUAAAAAAACAUUUGAGGUUAGAAUUGGAUUGUAAUUAAAUAUUUGGUGCCAACAUGAAGGACAGUUUGCCAAACUCUGUGGCUCUCUGAGACAGCUCUCCCUGUAAUUAUUUUACAUAGACCACGCUCUCUCCUCUCUACUGCCCCAAGUUCUAUGUAUCAGAUCAGAUCCACUGUACAGAAUGCAGCUUAGAAUUGAUUUUAAUACUUUAUGACGAAAACAAACAUUGACAAGCUGUCACAUUACGUGUUGCAUUGCAUGCUCCUAUUUUUUCUAUUGAUUCCAUGCCCCCCGUCCCUUUGCUUGUAUUCAUGCCAUGCCUCCAUGAUUUGCAGUGUGUUUGUGUACAAGAUGCUGUGGUGUACUCUGAUCUAGAACCUCUCUCUGAAGCUCACACACUACAUAUGUUUUUAUCUGGAACUGAAAAUCUCCCAUUGUGCCUUUUUAAAGGGAUACUUUGGGAUUUUGGCAAUGAGGCCCUGUAUCUACUUCCCCAGAGUCAGAUGAACUUGUGGAUACCAUUUUUAUGUCUCUGUGUUCAGUAUGAAGGAAGUU